AUGGCCCUGUUCUCUAAGCUCGCCACCGGCGCUGUAGGUGCCAUCCACAUCUACAUCCUCACCUUGGAAAUGUUCCUGUGGGACACCCCGCGCGGCCACAAGGCCUUCAAGCUGGCGCCCGAUUUCGCCACAAAGACCAAAGUGCUGGCGGCCAACCAGGGCCUCUACAACGGAUUUCUUGCCGCAGGGCUGUUCUGGGGACUUGCGCACCCAGUGGAAAGCUUUGGAGAGCAGAUCAGGCUGUUCUUUUUGGGAUGCGUAGGAGUUGCGGGCGUGUAUGGCGCGGCGACGGCCAGCAAGAGGAUCCUGUAUGUGCAAGCAGUGCCGGCGGCGGUGUCUAUUGCGGCCACGCUGCUUGGACUUUGA